AUGACUGAAGAAUUCUGGAUGGGCCUGGUAUUUGGCUUUAUCGGAGUCGUGGGAAUGAUAAGUCGCCUUUUAUCAAAUUACAAUCAAACAUCCGACGACGAUCACGAACAGAAAUCAGUAACGGAGGACUUGGAGGAUGACAGUGAUAAUGACACUGACGAGUUCUUCGACACGGAAACUGGAAGUGAAAUAGACAUUAUUGAGAGACAUGAUGCAGAGGUUGUAAAUGGUACUCGGAUUAUCGAGAAACAUGAUGCAGAAACUGAAUGUGACAUUCAAAUUAACGAGGAAAAUAAAAAUGAAAAUAUUAUGGAGCAGAGAUUAAAAUCUAUUGAAGAUACACUCAUGUUACUGAGAAUAGAGAUGGCAUCCAUGAAAAGAAGUAGAUCAAAGACUAGGAUUUCAAUCCGACUGGAUCAACCUAGCACAAAUUGCAACCAAAUGCAUUAUUGCCAACAAUCAACACCACCACCGUGCUGGGGACAUCCAAUGCCAGGGACUCAACCUACACACUCGGUACCGACCCCAACGCCUCCACCACCACCACCCAUGACGACCGGCACACCAGCAUUCCGGAAUAGUAGUCAGGAAACGGUAGAAGCGUGCUCCUCUGAGGAGGCCAGGCCUAAUCAAAAGGCGCCAGUCAUUUAUGGCCGUAUACCGAUUACUACCGAAAUAUUAGCAUCCGUCAAACUAAGGCCACCGAGUGAGAGGAUUUUCAAGAAGCGACCGACUACAACGAAGUAAGAACUUCAAAAAUAAUUUCUUAAGAUCUAGGAUUCAGUGGUUUUAAUAACACUCCUAACCAAACUUUACAACUUGCCAGUUUCAUUAUAUUUCAUUUUUAUUGAUAUUUGUGGGUGGUUAAAUAGUUUAUAUCAGUUGGCAUAAUGUCUAAUUUUGAACUUUUUAAUUUCUUCAUCACAAUUGGGUAUUAUUCUUUUUUCAAUCAUUAAUUACUGCUUAUCCACUGUGUUUUGUAGUUUCUUGAAAGUCCCCAACAAUUCGCGCGUACCCACGUAGCUUUGUAUAUUUGUGAAAAUUAAAUUAAACUAAAUUAAACUAAAUCAAAUACAUUCACAUUUUCUUCAAAUUUAUACAGUUCUAGAAAAUAUUGCAUUAAUCAGGAUAUUCAUUAAUUGGAGUCAGUAGCUCUAGUUCACAGUAUACAUUGUAGGUAUGUAUUGUUGUGGAGUUAAUGUAAUGUUAAUGUAAUGUAUGACUAUAAUAGCAUAGAAUAAACAUAUUUUAUAGAAUAAACCGGGUGAUUCUCUUAUCACCAACCAGUCAAUAUCUCUGUAAGUAUUAGGAAUUUAAAAUUUUUUUUUUUACUUUCUAGAUUUUACUGUUAAUUUUGAUAAUUUUAAUUGCCUCCAUUGAUUAAUAAAACAUUAUCAACUUUCGAUUU